AUGCUUGGACGGCGGUCCGGAACGACGUGCCCAAAGUGGUUGUGCAGUCGCGUCUUGCUGGAUCUUGCUUCAUCUGUGGCGCUGAUGUGGAUCAUCCGUCUGGUGUCCGGGAUCGACGUGAUCGCCUUUAUGCGCCCCUGUGACCAGUACUACAACACGGACAGGAACGGCAAUGUCAUCAGCUUCGAUGCCUGGAAGCAGUGCUACCUGGACGCAGGCCUGCCUCAGCCGGAAUGCUGGGCCGAGGGGUUGCUGAAGCCCCACAACCACACGGUCUCCGUAUCUGACCUUGCGUUCAUUGCGGGCUACCACGGUCUUGCGACCUUGAGGGUCGGCGAGAUAGCUGCUUAUCGGCCAGAUGGUCAUGGCGUAGUGCUGAAGGACGGUUCCAAAGUGGACUGUGACAUCAUCAUCAAGGCCACGGGGUUCCACCUCAACGAUGAGGUCCCCAAGAUCUCGGGCAGACGUGCCAUCCACUCCUUCAAUCUCCUGGACGUCAACAUGAUGUACGGCGCCGAGCCGCUCCUGGACGGAGCCCAGUUCGGAAGCGCGCGCGGGAGGGUGGCCGAGGAGGAGCAGUUCGACUACGAGGCUUUGGUCGCGGGCUGGAAGCAGAUGCAGAAGAUGGGCAUCCCCGAAGCCAUGCAGCGAAACAACCCGUUUGGUUCCGGCUACGCGGGUCCCAUGUACGUGGCUGCCUGGUUUUUCAAGUGGUGUCAACUGAAUCCGGAGUACCAAGAGGAUCUCUUAAAAGCCUCAGGGGAGCCUGAACAAGAUGCAGUUAGGAUGUGGGCCAGCAGCAUCGGGACCAACAUGGGCAACACCAUCAAGCGGCUGCAGGCCCGGCUUGGUGUGGUUAGCGAGUCGGAGUUGACCUUUGCCCCCAACACUGACAGGAAGCUGUAUGGCGAGUAG